AUGGACAGAGCAAAGGUUAACUGUACUGCAGAGGAUGCAACAUUUAACCUUUUGGGGCAAACACCCACACUGUUUCAGUGGCCUGUAAAUUGUGUCCACACAGCAGCAGCAGCAGCACCCAUCAUUCGUCCUGCUGCUCCUUCAGACCUGUGUAACAAUGUGCUCAAACUCCCGGAUUACAUGGUGGAGUACCUCCGUCCUAUCGGAGAACUGAACGGAGUCUUGGUGUGUGACUUUGCGUCUCCUCCACUCCGCACACCCUCUCCAAAAAAGAGGAAGCGUGAUGGCCACCAGGAUGAGGACAGGCCAUAUGUUAAAAAGCCCCCGAACGCCUUCAUGCUCUUUUUGAGGGAGCAAAGGGAAAAAGUGAAGGCAGAAUUAAAAAUAAACGGGAGUGCGGCUGUGAAUGCAGUUGUGGCAGAGAGGUGGAAGUCCCUGUCAAAGGACCAACAGGACAAAUACUAUAAGCAGGCCAAUGAGGAGAAAAUGCUCCAUAGCCAACAACAUCCAGGCUGGUCUACUAAAGACAAUUAUGGCAAAAAGAGGAUGAGAAUUCGGGGCGACCCCUGCAGCACAGCAUCUGCACCUAAACCUGCGCAGGAACCUGAACAGGUCAAGUGGCCAAGUGUGAACGUGCCUGCGUAUGGCACAUUCCACUCGCCGCAAGUAAAUCACGUCCCCCCUACAGCUCAUACAAACCCCUCUGCAUCUACAUCAUACUCUCCUUAUGUUUACCCCUGCAUUGGUCCUGCUGCUCCUGUGGAUUCCCCUCCAUCCACAGUUGCACCAACUGAACCAAUGGCCACGUUUGUCGGUGACACUGUAGAAGACCUAUUAUCAGCGUUUGACCACCUCGAUGCCUUUCUUCUUGCUCCACUGCCUCAGGAGCCUAUCUUCCCUCACUCAGACCCCUCCUUGGGUCCUGCUACUCCUGUGGAUUCCCCUACAUCCACCCUGCCGGCCUCUCCAGUCUCAACAAUCAAACCCAUGUCUGCCUUCUUCUGCGACCCUGAAGAAGACCUCCUGGCACUGCUGAAACAGCUCAGUCCCUGUGCUUUUGCUACAGAGCCUCAGCAGUCCACUGUUCAUACUACUGGAGACUUUAUUGAAUUUACAAUUUAGCGUAACUGAACAUUUUUUUAUCUUUAUUAAUUUGUUAGCAUUAUUAACUUGUUACCUUUCUUAAUUUGUUAUCUUUAUGGACUUGU